AUGUGGGGGGGGCGUGGGUGGCGGCUGCAAGGUGACCCCGGCGGACGCCUCCGCGCCCUCGCCCUCUUCGCGCCGGCCCACCACGCGACGGCCCCUCUGGGGCCGAACCAAGAGCGCCUCGUAAAAUACUCAACAAAAAAAAAAAAAAAAAAAAAAAAAAAAAAAAAAAAAAAAAAAAAAAAAAAAAAAAAAAAAAAAAAAAAAAAAAAAAAAAAAAAAAAAAAAAAAAAAAAAAAAAAAAAAAAAAAAAAAAAAAAAAAAAAAAAAAAAAAAAAAAAAAAAAAAAAAAAAAAAAAAAAAAAAAUAAAAAAAAAAAAAAAAAAAAAAAAAAAAAAAAAAAAAAAAAAAAAAAAAAAAAAAAAAAAAAAAAAAAAAAAAAAAAAAAAAAAAAAAAAAAAAAAAAUCUCCGGUUUUUUCUCCUUUGCACGGGCGAAGGACGAAAAGAGGGAAGCUGAUUGGGAAUUCUUUUUUCCAAAUGACGUUGAAGAAGAUGUCGCUCCCUCUGCCGAAUACGUGCCACUCGCGCUGCCAGCUGACUACAACCGCUGCCCUGCGCAGACGCGAGAUAUCGCGAAAGCGGGAACGCCCCUCACAAGUGGAGCGCCCGUCCGCCCGGGUGGCCUCCCCCUCCCCCUCCCCUUCCCCCUUCCCUUCGAGCGGAGGACCACACGCUCCCGUUUCCCAAAAACCUCCCGAGAAGGCGAGGCGGAACCCGCUGGCUUAUCCAAACCGCAGGGUGAAAAAGCGCUCUAA